UCGCUAGUCCUCAGUUCCGUUCUGUCUGCCCGUCGCUGCGCACCAUUCGCAGCCGAAUAUUCGCCAACUGGCCGAGAGCUACGUAUAACGUACGGGGCACUGGCAUUCAUAUACGAGACUGCUGCACGCGAGUUAUACGUAUACUGUACUCUUGGACGGAGACAUCGACUGAAAAAAAGAUUGUAGCGCUUGCAGUUCUUUACUUUGUAAUUUCUUGUAUCGUGUACGCAAUACCGUAGAACAGACGGAGCAAAAGAGAGAGAGAAAGAAAAAGUUGUGCAUUUUGGGUUGAAAAUUUCUUCUCGCGAACCAGUGAUGCAGCAUACUCUCGAGCAGAGGUAUUCGGACACUCGUAAAAUGAAGCCUUAGCAAGCCAGUGGUGUGAAAAAUCUACAGAGCAAAGCAGCCCCGCAGUCGCACAGUGAGCAGUUACGUACACGCAUUUGGUGGCAACUUUUUAGUAAUACGUGCACAAUCAUAUACCCAAGUAUAUAUAUGCCAAUAGAAAUGAUAUUAAGGCAUAUGCAUUAAACAUAAGCUAUCUGCAGCUGCCGUGUGCAGUGCUCGUUCUCUACGCGCGUGUGGUGUUAAGUGCGAAGAAAAACUUCGAGAGGUUCCAUUGUGCAAUUGUGUAUUUCGUCAGAGAGCUGAUUUUCGCGAGGGGGAGAGUGCAUGAGACAAACAGAGACUACUUAGGAAGCUCUCUUGUUUAUAGCGGAUUUGUUGUACGCGCAUAUAGGAGAGGGAGCGGCGCCGGGAAGUCACCGACACUGUUUCUGCUGCUACUGCUUAGCUACUGCUGCUGCUUUUCUUGCAUCGCAAAGAGAACGGCCAACGACGAUUUUAUAUCGUAACAUGGCCUGUCUCAACACCCUCAAGCAAGAAAUCAGGACUCUUGAGUCGCUCUUUCCCAAGAGCCACGAGAGGUUCCAGAUCAUAACGGCGAGCGUCGAUGAACUUAGUUGCAGAUUUGUCGGUAAAAACGGCAAAAAAUAUGAGAUACACGCUAAUAUCACGGAAACAUAUCCAUCGACACCACCAGUAUGGUUUGCUGACUCAGAAGAAACAAGUGUAACUAAUGCAGUUCAAAUUCUUUCUAAUACUACUGGAAGAGAUAACCAUGUCAUAAACCAAGUUGGAAUUCUCCUGAAAGAAUUAUGUCGCUUGCAUUCCAUACCAGAACCUCCAGAUGUAGAACGCCUUACCACAGCCUUUGAUCCUUUGAGACUGAAUGGAGUUGCUGAUUCAGCACCCCAAAGAAUGGAAGAUGAUGCGGAGGAACUUGAUGAAGAUGAAGAAAGUGAAGCUGAAGAGGACCUUCAUCUGGAUAUGGAUGAAGGAGACGCAAAUGCUAAAAAUAAGGGAGAUGAAAUGGCUUUGGAGCAUCUUGCAACAUUAGAAAGGCUAAGACAAAAUCAAAGACAAGAUUACAUGAAAGGGUCUGUUUCAGGUAGUGUGCAGGCUACAGACCGAUUAAUGAAAGAACUUCGAGAUAUUUAUCGCAGUGACAGUUUUAAAAAAGGAAUGUACAGCAUAGAAUUGGUAAAUGAUAGUUUAUAUGAGUGGAACAUUAGAUUAAAAUGUGUUGAUCCUGAUUCGCCAUUGCAUACAGAUUUGGUCUUACUCAAAGAAAAAGAAGGCAAAGAUAGUAUACUCUUAAAUAUGCUUUUUAAGGAAACUUAUCCAUUUGAGCCACCAUUUGUGAGAGUAGUUUAUCCUAUGAUAUCUGGUGGGUAUGUUCUUAUUGGUGGGGCAAUAUGUAUGGAACUGCUCACGAAACAAGGUUGGAGUUCUGCUUAUACGGUGGAGGCUGUUAUUAUGCAGAUUUCAGCAACUCUUGUCAAAGGGAAAGCUAGGAUUCAAUUCCAACCAACCGCUGGUGGUGGAAAAGCAUGUACUGGACAGGGUCAGUACAGCUUAGCAAGAGCUCAACAAUCAUUUAAAUCUUUAGUUCAAAUUCAUGAAAAAAAUGGAUGGUUCACACCACCAAAAGAGGAUGGCUAAUGAAACGUUGUGCUAAAGUGUAGCAGUAUUGACAGGUGUUAAUGUCUAAGACUCAUUGAAAUUUAUACCGGUCAAAUAAUAGUUUGCGAUCUAUGAUUUGAUACACAGACACACUAGAUUUUAAGAUUACUGAAUUAGUCUAAUCGUAAUAAUUCCUUCAAAUAUGAAAGGUUUAACGCGCAAAACGUGAUGUUUCAUUAAUGUUCAUUAGUAGAUGAUUUUUUUAAUAAUGUUAAAAUCUUUUCAAUCUUUUGUAAUUGAGUAAAAUGCGUUAGAUUCAAAUAGACAUUUAAUGUUGAAAUCCAUUGCUUUCGUUUUUAAUUAUAGCCUUGUUGAGCCCAAUUAAUUAAUUAUUUUAACAUAAAAAACGUAAAUAUUUACUCAGAAUAGGACACCUAAGAUCAAACGAUGAUCACUAAUCAUAAGUAUUAAUAAGAAACAAUUUUACAAAAGCGUGUAUGCAAAUGUGCUUCCUUUUUCAUAAUGUUAAAUAUGAUUAACUUUGUAAAACAUUUUAAUUUAUAUUUUGGGUAAACAAUGUAUAAGCGUAAAGCUUCGUGAAUAGAUUACAGUUAUAAUGCUUUAGUAUAUAUUUAUCCAAAUCAUGGAUAUUGAAAAAGAGUUGAGUUAUACGCCAUCUAUUUGAGUGCUGUAGUUUCGUUAUGGCUCAUAAGUUCAAAGAAAACCUAAAUUUCUUGAUGCGGGAUAAUGUAUGUAUGUACAAAAUAUAUUUCGAUUUCUAUGAUUAAUAUUGAUUAAUUCAAGUGAAGCAAUAUAUUCUACAAUUUAUACUUACAUUUUGAGUUGAAUAUCGAGGAGCGCGUGUCGCGCUCCACCUGGCAAGCACGACAGGAACUAAGUGACGACACGCCGCUACUCAUAUACAGCGCUUAUAUUAUACAAUAUAUAAAAUUUUUGGUGUUAAAUGAAAGAAAAUUUUCGGAGACCA